UAGCUAUCAAGACGCCAGAGAGUUUUCUAAGGUCCAUAGAAAACUUCAAAGCUAGAUAUCAAGGUUGGUAUGAUGAUGGUAGUGGCAUAUAAUGAGAACGAAGGAAACAUAGAUCGUCGCAGCUCAAGCAUGCUAGACUACUUGGCUGGUCGAGUAUUCUCUUACACGGGAAUGAAAGCAUACCAGCUGACCAUGGAUAUCCAAAAAUCGACCAUGUGUGACAUGAGCACUUUAUUGUCUGAGCUGAAAUGCCCUCUGACACGUCAAGCUGUUUUGGCCAUAGAAGAUGUUUUAAGGCAUGAAAAGCUUCCUAACCAAAAAGCAUACUUUAGAUACUCUAGAGUGUUCGAUCCGGGAUAUUUUUCAAAUUUGCAAACUAAGAAAUGUCCCGCCCUGGUUUAUCUCCUUGCCAAGACUUACAAAGAGAUCUCUACCUCCACGUCAGAGGCGUCUGAUCCUCUCUCCAUUUACGGGAUCAGAAAUGUCGGGGAUCGACUAAAAGAGUCUUUGGACGAAGUCGCUGCCAGGUUGGUAAAUAAGAUAUCCAAGAGCACAGUAAACCAUAAAAGCCACCAGCUACAGGCCCCUCAUCACCACCAGCAUCAGCCAUUCUCCCCUGCCUUUUCAGCCUCCAACCGUCUGCGUCCUCUCAUACGGCCAACACCAGAAAACCAACCAGCCGAAACCCAAUAACCCGAAGCAUAACUCUUCAUCACCCUUCAGUCUGGACCACAACAGGAAAGCCACCUAUGGUCACUGUAACAGCAACCAUCAGAGAGAGGAAGAAGACGAAAAUAAAAGAAGAAAAACCCGAGAUUUCUUGUGAUUGUUUCUCUAUUUUCAGGUUACUAUUAGUGACACCACCAGCACCAUUCUAUAGAAGGGAGGAAGGGCUGAACGAUCAAGUGGGUCACUCGUCACCCAAGUCGCUGGCGCUCUUCCUCGCCCGUCCCCGUCCACGGCCGUGCGUGUCAUCCACGCGCCACAGUAUGCAACAACUGUUCCAGCAGCCCUUUUUGUUGAUCCUGGCAGCUUAAUCCGUCUUCGGAGGUGGAUUCUGGGAGUUUAGACUGAUUUUAUUUUUUGAUUUGUUGUUUAUGUGUUUGCUUGUUAUGUAAAUUGUAAGUGUGUAAUUGGAAGUACGUGUGAGUAAAUUAAAAAAA